GGAGAGCCCGAAUUGGAGCGGAGACUUGAUCCUCUAUGUGACGGACAGCGACAACGUUCGAUCCUGGCUGACCAAGAGGCGCCCCAGAAACCCCUUCGCUAGGCUCAUGAUCUGUCUGGUCCAACGUCUUGAAGCAGAAUACAACUUCUCGUGCCAUGCCGUCUACAUCCGCACUUACCACACUGAGAUGGCUGACUGGAUCAGUCGAACUCCAGUGGACGAGGUGACCAGCAGCAUGAUGGCACGGGGUUGGGCCAAGGUCGAUUGCCUCGAGUUUUGGGAAACCCUUCUCAUCGGAGCCACGCACACUGCCAUGGUGUUACUGGGGGGCGACCCCCUUCGGCAGAAGGCCCGUCAGCUGGCCUUACCGGUUUCGACGCUCCCAGCCCCCCUCCGAGACCCGGACCGCCUUUCGCCUUCCUCACCUGCACCUAACACAGCGGCGGCGCCCGUCCCUGAUCCCACAUCGGCUGGAGCGGAGGAGAGCCGGACGCACCCGCCGGCCCGCACGGAGGAGCCAGCCGACUCGGAUGAGGGUCUUGAGGAGAUCGUCAUCGAAAAGGAGAGGGACGAGGAUGGGCGAUACGUCUACCAUCCCUCCUUCGUCGACCCUGGACGAGACGUUCUCACAGCGCAAGAUCGGGCUGACCUCGCAGUGCUGAGGGAGACCUACGACCGGAUUGCCAACAGUGCUGUUCUCGAGGCCGAACCGGCCGCAACGGCGAAAGGUCGAGGCAAGCGUCCUCGAUACCCCCCGGGCAGCUUGCGACCAUCGGCGGUUACCGCCCGUGCAGAUCCCAAAUACCAGCAGGAUCUGGACGCCGGCCUGACCUCUCAAGACGCAUUCAAGCGUCAUAAGAGUCGCUUCACGGCCCUUGCUGCACGCAAUGAAAGCGGGUAA